AUGCUGAGGAAAUUGCGACAUCAGAAUAUCUUGUUGUUUAUGGGCGCCUGCAUAGCCAAGCCCAAACUUGCCAUCGUCACCAAGUACUGUCAUGGAGCCACGUUAUAUGAGCACAUUUACGACUACAAGACCGAUUUUAGCAUCGUCGAUGUCGUACGGAUCGUCACACAGUUCUCACAAGCUACGGUUUUGCUUAUGGCUAUUGAUAUGAUUUUAGAUUUGGAUUUGGAUUAG